AUCACUUUCUGUUAAUAUUACACACACACAGAGAAUAAUUUUAGUAUUACUAUUAUUCUCUUAGCAUAAGAAAUUAAUAUACUCACACUCAGCUUCUGAAUGAUUAUUCAUUGAUUUAUUUACUGGAGUGGAAGUGGAAUAGUGGAAGUUUAAGUGAGUUGACCAAUAGCAAAUGGAGUCUGUUCUUUUGUCUUCUUGUCACAUGUUAUGGGGGAAUCAUCUUAUUACUGGCACAGUCAUUGCAAGUAGUAGCUGCUAUGUAGCACUAACUAUCAAUAAUGGACAAGACAUUGGUGUUUGGAAUUUAAAGGUGGCAGUUAAAAAGCCACUCUUACUUGUGGGACAUCAUACCAAUAUCACUGCAAUGAGUUUUGUAACUUCAGAGAGUGCCUCAGUAAACCUUCUGUGCUCAGCUUCUUCUGAUAAUGUUAUCCUCUGGUAUAUGGAAGAGUUGGAAAAGAUGACAGAAAAUGGUCAACCUCUGAAAGGAAAAGUUUUAGUUUCAGGACUUGGACAUGUGUCAUACUGUUGUUUGAACAGGAAUGGUUCAUUAGUUGCACUAUGUUGUGCAAGAGUUGUUCUUGUUUGGAGCACUCAGACUCGAGUAAACCUGGGAAAGUUCGAAGAUGAAUUAGGAGGCACACUGCUUGCAUGUUUGUUUGGUUGCUAUGAUACUGUAGUAACUGUGAUAACAGACAGAACCUGCAAGAUAUGGGACUGGAGGACAGGAUGUAUUUUGAAUCAGAUGGCUUUAGAUGGAGGAAUUCUGUCCUACGUAGUUGGGGAUGAAGAGGGACAACAUCUCAUUAGUGGCUCAACUAAUGGAAUUUUGAAUGUGUAUCAAUAUAAUAAAGAAUUUGCUUCUCUCAAGCAUGGCCUAGUUUUAGAUCUGUGGAAAUUGACUCGGGAACAUCAGCGAAAGAAACUCUCAUUUAUGUGUGGCAGGAAAUCAUCAUGUAGUAUUAAACCACAAGAGAUAGGAGAGGUUAUAGAGGGUCAUGUUGAAGCUGGAGGUUGUGGAGGAGAAUCCACAAAUUUUGUUCUAGCUCUUCAUUGGAUAACCAAACAACAAAGUGAAAUAUCAGAUGAGUGUCAAUCUCCAAUUCAUUACUUGGAGAGAGAUGACUAUCUUGUUGCUAUAGCAACCAAUACAAGUCUACUCAUAGUGGAUCUAAAAAACCAUGAACUACUUGGGUUUUUUGACUUAAGAGAGAAGCUACCUGUUUCUGAUCCUUCAUGUGCUUCACAGACUGUUGGUUUAUUAAAGACUGCUGCUCUGUCUGUAGAGAGGAAAGAAAACAUCACGGUCUAUGCUGUCUUGGUUCCUUUAUUAGGAGAAGAACCUUGGGUAGUUAAAAUGGAUCUGCAGCUUAGUCAUCAAGACUAUUUAAACAAUAUGUUUAGUUCACUAGACUUGAACAAUUGUGAAGGUGUAGAUGAAGAACAAUUAUCAUUUCUUUCAAGUAAACCACCAGGUUCAGGUUCUCUGCUUAGAUCAGAACUAAGAAUAAAAUGUUCCAAGAAGCCACAGAAAUUUAGAUUUGUAUCAUCUAAGAAUUCAGUAUUAUCUCAUCCUGUAACAUUUCACUCCAAAGUCAAAUCUUCAGGUUAUACUUCAACUCCAAGGACAACAAUGUUUAAACCAAAGACAAAUACAAGAGAAAUAUAUGCACAGGAUAAACAUAACAUUUAUAAUAAUGAAAAAUGGAGGAGACACCUGAAUCAAGAAAUUGAUAGUGGUUGGUGGGUUGGGCUAAAGUCACUUGAACUGUGGAAGACCAGGGCACUUCCCUAUCCUGCUGCUGUUAGUGCUUUGUCCAUCACUGGAGAUGGCCGGUACCUUGCUUGUGGACUAGCAGAUUCAUCUGUCGAAAUUUUGAACUCUGACCAGCUUAACCAUGUGCGGACUUUAACAGGUCAUAAUGGUGCAUUAACCAGUGUCCACUUCAGCCACUCAGGCAAGUGGUUAGUCAUAGGAAGUGCUGACAAAUCUUGUAGUGUAUGGGCCUGGAACCAUUCUGAGCCUCUUCUCUCAUUGGGACCCUCCAAAAUCCAUCAACAAGGGCUAGUAACAGGAAAUAAUAAAAAAUGUCAAUCCACAUUUCCUGCUGAAGUUCAUCAUGCUCAGUUUUAUUACCUGGACCAGUUCCUCUUGGUGGGAUGUAGAAAUGUUCUCUAUAUGUACAACUAUUACCUAGACAGACAGAAAGAUGAUGUAUUUAGGUAUAUCCACCCUAGUCAUUCCCAGCUUGUAGCCUCCAUCUGUAUUCCUUAUGUAAAAACUGUGACAGCUGUUGGAGCCACUAAUGAGUUUCAUUCUCAAUUGGCAGUUUGUGCCACCUCCAUAAGGGGGUUGUCCUUUAUUGAUAUGAAUACAGGUCAAGUAGUCAGAGAAGAAAAUGAAAUCCAUUCUCGACCAGCUCACUGCAUCUCACUGAACAUGGGAUCGCCAUCAACUAACCAACCUACUUCAGCCUACAAUCUGUUUCUUACUUGUGCUAUAACAGAUGGGAUAAAGCUUUGGGAUGUACGAAACAGAAGAUGUGUAAAACGACUGAAAGACCAUCCCAACACCAGGCUUCCCUGUUCUGCAUCCUUCAGUCCAUGUGGAACAUACAUUGCUACAGGUGCAGAGAACCGAGCGAUUUACUUGUAUGACAUCCGUGGUGGUCAUAUAAACAAACUUGGAAACUACAGUGAUGUGAUCCUGCAAGUGAUAUAUUCCCCAACUAAUCCACAGUUAGUUGCAGCCACCUUGGAUGGAACUGUCUACACCCACAAACCAAAAGAGAAGACUUGAUAAAACUGACACCAUAAGUAAAGGUAUAAUUGUUUGUAACCCUUUUAACAAUGUGACAAUGAACAUUGAUUGGAAUAUAGCUAAAAGGAAACUGGAAAAAAAAUUAUUUAUUAAAUAAAAUUUAUAAGUGCAACAUUAUUGUCUCACACGUGUUUAUUUUUUAAGAAUUCACACUGAAUACACAUCAUAGAUACUGAAUGCUUUGAACAUUAAAAACACAUGCAGCUUAUGUUAAAGUGUAUACAAGUGCUUUAACUUUGUUCUCUCUCUGAGUUAUGUUAAAAUAAUAUUGUUGAAAAUGUUUCUCUGGCAUAAAACUUGUAUAACAGAGACAGUAACAAAAAUUAAAUGUUUUAAGUAAUUAUUAAUAUAGAAUUUCAUGCAUGUAUGUCCAUGUUAUAAGUAAAAUUGUAAAAUACAACAUUUUCGACACCAAGACAGUAGAGAAUGUUAUUGUAUCUAUUUAGUAUGUGUAAUGAAAAAAAUGAGACCUAUAAACUUGUCACCAUUGUUUGAUACAGUUUUGAAGUUAUUGGUUAUUUUGUUUCAGAUGUUUUGUGAUAAAUAUUUCAUAAUAUGAAAUACUUAAAGAUAUUCAACAUUGUAUUUUGUUUUAUGCAGGAAGUGGGGAAAAUCAUAACUUUUUACCAUGUUGUACUUGAAAGGGUUUUUAAAACUGAAAGCAUAAUAACUGAGGAACUUUCAAUGCUUUAAUUCACAUAGACAUUUGAGCAGCAGGAGAAUAGAAUACCCCUAAUGCAGUAAUGAUGGGGUAAGUCUCACUAAUGUUAAUAAAUUCAAGGAGAGAACAUAGGGCCUAAGUUUAAUAAGUAUACAAUUCUUGUAAAACCUAUACAUUGGCCUAAUAAAGAGAUUGAUUGGGUGAUCUAUAUGAUAGAAAUUAGUAGAAUAUAUUUGUGCAUACCACAGCAAGUUUAAAAUAAUUAGAAAUUAAUUAAUUCAAAUCUUGAAAAUGAAAACUAUGUUUUUCUCCUGAUUUAUAUAUGGAUCAAAUUUUUGGAAACUUGCUUUAUAAUUUAAUAUCUUUUAGUUAAAACAAGUAAUAAAAUUUUCCAUGAAAUGCAUGUACCAUGCUGAAGAGAUUACUCCUUUUAAAAAUUGGGCAUUGUAUUAAUCUGCAGAAGUUUUUCAGUGAAAUAAUGACUUGCAUAUUGAAGAGCAGAAAAACAAGUAAAUGUUAAAAUAUAUUAUUGAAAUGUCAUUAUUUGUUUACUGCUUUGAGUGGAUAGAAGUAAAAGGUUUAUAUAUAUAGAUAGAUAAAUAGAUAGACAUAUAUAUAUAUACAUGUUACAAAGCUUUCAGUGUCUGUGAACGUACCAAAUUAAUGAAAACACAAAAUGAUUAAAUUACUACUACUGAUAAUGUGUGUCCCCUUGUUGGCUCAGCAGUAAGUUUGAGGGCUUAUAAUGCUAAAAAUCAAUAUUUGAUUCCAGCAAUGAGCUCAGUGCAAAUAACUCAUUGGAUAGUUUUGAUCACAGAAGAAAAAGUUAUUAUACAUAGAGAAUCAGAAUAAUUUCUUUAUAAAAAGUAUUUUUUAAAUUAAAGAUUAUAUAUUGUUUGGAGGAACAUCAAAAUUGCAGUUUUUGUUGUUGUUCUUGAGUUUAUCAUUUUUAUUUUUAGUUAAAUGUAUACACAUUUUAAAUGUGAGUUUAUAUUCGGGCAAAGUAUAACUUAACUUAAGAUGGAAAACAUGGGAUGUAAAUAAAUAAAUGUUUUCUCCAUUUUGAAACUUGAAUCUUUUUAUCACAGUUGAAUAAUUUUAUAUGAAGGUACUCAAUUUUCUUCACAAUCACAUCCAUAAAUACAGUUAGCUACAUUGGCUAACCCUUUAUUGUGUUUUUUUAACUAAUGUUUAUAGAGAGUUUAUUAAUGUUAUAGAAACUUGCAUCACGUCAGAAAUGAUCAAUGGUAAGCAGUACACAAGUGUGCAUUUGAAACAUUAGGACACAAAAAUAAACAUAAAAUCUAUAAUUCAAUUUAUAAUACUUCCUUCAGUUUUUGAAAUGAAGAUUAGGGCAUACAGCCAUGGCAGCUUCCUAGUUGUGAGAGAAGUUGUCUGACGAAAAUGACUUAACCAGGUUGUAUAUAACAUAGAAAAUGGUAUUGAGAAUUGUAUGUUUUCUUAGAUAUCUCUAACUUGAGCUGUUUGGAUGUGUUUAAUGUAUCAACAAACCUGAAUUUACUGUGAUUUGAAAGAAACUAUGUUAGUGUUGAAAUGAAAGAAAUAAACUUGACAGUUCAUUUGUUGAUGA